AAGCGGGAGCGUGGGAUAAAGUCAUCCCAUCAAUACGGUGAUGUGAGUGAGUGAGUGAGGGAGAGACUGAAACCAGCAAAAUGGAGGCUUCACUAUCAACACAAAAGCAGAGAAAAACAAACAGAGUGUGAGAGUGAAGUGAGCAAAACAGAGCAGAACAAGUAGAACUAGAAGUGAAUAAUAACAAGAAAUGACAACUCUUGUAGGAGACAACAACCAAAACUUGGAAAAACAUAUUCACAAACAGAUGGGGUGCAUGGCUGGUUUCCUUCAGAUCUUCGAUCGCCACCAAAUCCUCUCCCCAAAACGCAUCUACUCCACCAAAAGACUCCCUCCUCCGCCAACUCCUCCGGAUUCUUCGCCGGAAGCGCUCCAACACGGCGUAUCUCCGGCGAGGGAGGCGCAACCUGAGCCAAAGGUAGUAGUAGUAACCAAGGCGAACCCACCGCCACCGGCACUUCCUGUUCUGGAAUUCAAGGAAGGCACGAGAUCCUCAUGGAAAUUCUCCAGAGAAGCUCCUAGGCUGUCCCUCGAUAGCAGAGCCGUGGUGGAUGCCAAGGGGAGCCUUCACCCCCGAACCGACACCACCGCCGCCGCCGUUGAAGACAAACAGCGCCGUUCCACCAGCGUCAUCGCCAGGCUCAUGGGGUUAGGCCCAAUACCGGAUUCGGAUCCGGAACCGGGUGCUAAGCUCCGGAGAUCCGCUUCCGAGUCGAGGGUGCCCAGAGAUCUGCCGCUGCCAUUGCCGCCGCAGUGUCGCUUCUUCGAAUCCAAGGCUAACAGUUUUCAUCAUCAGGAGAGUAAUGUUGUGAAUGCUAACUGUAAUGGCAAUGGUAAUGGUUGUGCUGGUACGGAGAAUCACCGAUUGGGGGUUUCUCCGGCUAGAGCUUCAGCUCCGGUGAGGCAGAGAGGAGGAACAACGAUGACGCAGAAGAAGAGUUUCUAUGAUUCAACUGAUUUCUUCCCUGAACCGAAGGACAUGGAUGCAAUCUACGGUGUGAUUGAGAGGAGGUUGAGGAUGAGAGGGAUCAACCAGCCUUCUCAGGAUCUCCACACUCUCAAGAACAUCUUGGAGGCUCUGCAGCUCAAAGGCCUUCUCCAUUCCGAAAAGCCUAACCAAUCUCCCAUUGUAGUCAUGAAACCGGGUAGAUCCUCAUCCGGUUCGGCGAAUCAUUACCGAACCGGGUAUGAGUCCCCGCCUCCGCACUCGUCGUUCCGGUCAUCCAGUCCUCGGGCUCGGACUCCGAGCCCGAGCGAGUCUGACCGGAACGUGAGUGCGAGAAACCAAUCCAGGGUCAGAAACACGAGCCCGAACCGGAGGAAGGUCCAGAAUGUGGAGACGACGCGGAGGAAAGUUAGCAAUGACGGUGGUUCUGAUUCGAGAAGGGUGUCUCCGGUUAAUUCGCCUAAGAUUAGCACAAGGAAAAAUCCAGCGAAUCAGGGAGUGACAUGUGGAUCAUCUCCUAGAUUGAGAAAACCAAUUGAUUCUCCUAAGAUGAAGGUUUUGGGUUUAGCAGAGGAUGAAUCUUCCACAGUUUCAGAGAACAGUUUCAGCACCUCUUCACACACUGAUACAGAGAGGUACAAGAUGGAAGAGUACAGAGAAGGGAAGAAUCUGCUGGACAGGUGUGAUAAACUGCUGAACAGCAUAGCUGAAAUAACAGCAGCGAACGAGUUACAACCGAGUCCUGUAUCGGUGCUUGACUCGUCGUUUUACAAGGACGAGUGGUGUUCACCUUCCCCAAUACCCAAACGGUGCAUUGAUUAUAAAGAUCAAGCGUUGGAUUCAGAAGAUGACAUGUGGAGUUCAGCAUUGUGCAGUUCGGAGGAUGCUGCGGCGGCGGAGGAGGAGGACAGCGAUCUGGUUUACGUAUCGGAGAUUCUGCGAGCUAGCAGUUACUUGCCGGAGGAGAGCGAUGUUUUCGUGUUACUGGAGAAGCGGAAGGGGAAGGACACGUCGAGAGCUUCAAAGCUACAGAGGCGGUUGAUUUUCGACACGCUGCAGGAGAUUCUGAACCGGAACCAGAAACUCCCGCCGUGGAAGGCGGCAGCGAGGGGGGAGGAGACGGUGUGGUCGGAGUUUCGGAGGAUCCGUGACAGGGAGGAGUCGGCGUCGGAGGAUAUGUUCGGGGUGAUAUGCGGCGUGUUGAGGAAGGACAUGGCGGCGGAGAUGAGUGGUUGGGGUGAAUGGACGGUGGAGAUGGGCGACGUCGUUUUGGAUAUCGAACGCCUCGUUUUCAAGGAUCUCAUUGGCGAAACGAUACAACAACUCGCUUCAUUUGGACCUCAAUGUAACAACAGCAACAAAGUUUCAGCACUUCGUAGGAAGCUAGUAUUUUGAAUUCUAAUUCAGUGAUUCUAAAUUCUAAUCAAUUAUCCAACACAAGAAAAAGAAGAAAAAAAGCAGAUUAAAGAGUUGCAGGCUUUGUUUUAAUUUUCGAGUGCUUUUUUAUUGCUUUUGUUAAUGACAAAAUCAGGAGUUGGUACGUCUAGAAUCUAGGCACAUUAUCUGACCAUGAA